AUGGCAUCGAAAUGCAUAGGUGAUUGUGUAAACAUCAAAAACAAUGCCAUUUGUGUCCGGCCUGGUAGAACUCACGCCAAAAUUCACAAGUGGCCGAUGGCUGAGGUAGAGUUCGUACAGUCUAUCAGCCAAGACGGUAGUCCGCGUCGUACUACGGCGGUGGAAAGUUUAUCUUGUAGGCAAAUGUAUCUUAGGAGCUAUACGUUCUCAAGAAAAGAGGAGAACGAAGACGGUGGCGGAGGAGCAGGGAGGAAGAAGUUGGCGAAGAAAGAUAUGAGGACGAGUAAAAGGGCGUCACUUAAGGGAUUUGUGGUCCGAUUCACAUGGAAAUGUUUGUCUUGUACUUGCCCUAAUAAGUUUGAUCUUAAACAGUGA